AUGUCAUUGUCUCCAAUUUUACAUCAAGUAUGCUCCAGUGGUUUUAUCCAUGAAGAUUUUCUUUCAGUAAUGAAACAAAAGGUACCAACUUUAGGCACUAAGAGUGAUUGGACUAAUCGAGCAUUCUCACAUUUUGAGUUGUUGAUGAACUUUUGUCGACUAGCUAAUAAGACUAUCAAGGCCGCCGUUGAUCGUUUUAUUAUGCGAUCCAUCGUUAUUUCGAACAUGCUUAAUGAAAAUGAUUUUAAUACACAAAUAAACGUAACUCUCGAUCAAUUUUAUCAAUCGACAGUUGCCGAUUUUCGUUUUGCAGUUGACAUACAACGUCUUUUUAUGCAAAUUGAUCAGCCUUAUACAGGAAAAGGAUCAAUACGGUCCAGCAACACUGUUGAAGAUCUAAUCAUAAAGGAAAAUAUAGCACAUUCAGUAAACAAUCAAAAACUAUCACAGGUAUCAUUUCUUUUCACUGAAAUUUAUGAUACAAAUUUGACAUGGAUCACUUGUGGUUGUGCUACUGAUAUUCAUUGUCAAAGUUCGGCUAUUAUUCUUUAUGACAGAAGGUUUGAAGAGGACUUUUAUAUAAUACCAGGCAUAGUUGAAGGUUGUUCUGUUAUUAAUUCACUUCUUUACUCCACACUUCAAUGUUUAUAUUCGGACUCGGAUUGUUUUCCAAUUCUAUUCGGUUUUCUACAUUCUGGGGCUCCUGUUGAUACUCCUCCUUUGAUUUAUAAUCCAACAUUGAGCAAAUAUCCUCCAAAGACUUUAGUUUUAGAAAUAGUUAAGAAAUUAAUGAUAGAACAGUGGAAUCCGUUAUAUACAUAUGAAAAUUUUUAUAAUUCGUGUGCACCAAUUCGUCCAAAAUUAUUCGUCAGCUUGAAGAUGAAACUACGAAAUACAACUAUGCUUCUGCACAAAACUUUGAUGAAUUUAAAUCUAUUUACUGUGCGAGAUUUUAGCAGUAGUAUUGAUCGAAUGGCAGCUAAGCGUCUUGGUCAAUGGACCACCCGUCUUUAUAUUAUUUUGCUCAUUAUUGGUCUUAGUAUUCCUGCUUUAUAUGCUAUUAUUCAAUCUCAAACUUUGACAAAAACAUAUGUGAAACCAUCUUUUAAAUUAUACGAAAAGCUUCAACGUGAUCAUGAAAAUGCACUGGAAUGUCCAUGUUCAUCUAUCGCAACAGCAUACAAUGAAUUUGUUAAAAUUGAUGCACGAUUUCAUGAAAUAUGCUCGAGUCCAUUCGCUUCGAAUCAAUGGUACAUUAAUCUCACAGCUGGUCUUGUUUCUAAUCUCUCUAUCUAUGAUCAAAGAGACUAUCGUCGAUUUUUUUCUGCUCAUUUACAAUUUCUUCAAGGAUUAUGUAAUAUUUCAAAUGAGUCCAUAUCUAAUACAAUCGAUCAAUUUCUUUCUUCAUUAUUAAUUACUACUCAACUUCUACCAAAGAGGGAUUUUCAUGCACGUGUCAACUCCCAGAUGGAACUCAGCAAAUCGAAUGCGCCUACAGCACUCGGUCAUUUUCUCUUCUUAAUUCGGAAUAUAAAUCAUGGAAAUGCCAUUAUAUCAAAGUAUGGAACAAAUUUUCAGUAUAUUCCUGAUUAUGAAUACCGUCGUUGGACUGGUUUUGAAUACCUUUGUGCGACUGAUUUAUAUACUAAAGCUAUAAUCUAUGAUGAUGAAUGUUCUUGUGGAUUAUCUUCAUUGUGUACUACUCAAGCAACUUUUAUUAAAAGCAAUGCUUCUAAAAAAAUUCCGAUUCAAGGUUUAAAAAUGGGUUGUACACCAAGUGAAUCAUUUCGUGCUUCAACACUCGAAUGUUUUUAUAAUCAAUCAUGUCUUGAUCUUAUUCAACAAUAUACAAAUUACAAAGCUCAUAUAAAUCCUAUCAUUCCAUCCAACAAGAGUCAAUUUUCUAUUAAUACUACAAUGGCUGAACUUAUCGAUCAUCUAUUUAUUGAAGAAUGGGGAACAACUAUAAAUUAUACAACUUAUUUUGAAAAAUGUUCACCCCUAUCUUGUUCCUAUACCUAUAUUCAACGAUUUAAUAUAUUCUAUAUAAUCACUCUUCUGCUUAGUUUUCAAGGUGGUCUGACCAUUCUUCUCAAAUGGAUAUGUCCUAAACUAGUUUAUGGUCUAGCCAAAAUAUAUAAUUAUCGAAAGAGACAAACAAAUAUUAUUCAAUCUUCAUGUUCUCAUGGAAUAUCGACUAUUAACAUAACUACUACAAAUGUUUAUAAUGCCGAUAUAGAUCCAAAGCCAAUACCAACAAAUAGAACAUUACGACCAGCUAAUAUUGUUAUUUUAGUUGGGUAUGGUGAUGGACGUUUCUCAAAGCCUACAAUGUUAUCAAUAGUAUCUAAUAAUGUACCAGAGUGCUUUGCUAUUGUUGACUUUAACGAUGAUGGUCAAUUAGACAUUGCUAUCAAGAAUGAGAGGUCUAUGACUAUUAGUAUAUAUUUUGGACGUGAUGGCGGAACUUUUGAACUACCGAAGUGGUUUUAUACGGGACCUCUUUCCUCCGAAUGCCGUAUCUUAGCUAAUGAUUUCAACGGUGACACUCGAAUAGAUCUUCUGUGCUACAACUCUGAAAAGAAUCUUAUUGGCGUAAUGACUGGACAUGCUAACAGAACUUUCGAACUACCAAAAUGGUCUAAUAUUAACAAUAUUUCCGCUUCGAGUAAUAUUUCAGACAAUAACUUCUACGUUGACACUCGAUAUGAGAUCAUUCUUAACAAUAUUUGGAAAAAAACACUUACGAUGAGUGUAGAUAAGCAAGAAACUGUAUAUUUUGUUAGUGAUUAUAAUUGUGAUGAUCAUGCAGAUAUCAUUUGUUAUCGUCAUCAUUACGCUAUAUUUGGCUUGCUUGGACAGGGAAAUGGUAAUUUUGUACAACAAACAAUACUUUCGCGUAUUGAUUAUGAAUCUAUAAGGAAUAUCGCUGUCGGUGAUUUUGACAAUGAUACUUAUCAAGAUAUAAUCAUUACCUAUCAUGGAUCUAGUAUCAUAGAGAUUCUUAUAAACAGAUGUGAAUGUUGCAAACGUAAAAAACUCUAG